CUUCUUCUUGGGGAGUGCAGUGCAAUUUGACUUGUCUUGGCAAAGCUUUGGCAGAACUUUUCAUUUUAGUGUCUGAGUGCGGCAAAUUAACCACCCAUACCAUCAACCCCCUAGAGAAGAAACUUCAACACACAAUUGCAUGACGAAACAACCGCGACGCUUGAGUCAGUCGCCUCGCCAGUUGCAAGAAGUAACACCAGCCACACACAAGCAGCUUGUUGUGUGUUUGAAAGUGGAGCCCACGGAAAAAUCCAUAAAUUGAUUGAGCAGCACCAAAGUUCUAUUAGGAGGAGAAGUAGCUGGUGAUUAUGCUGCUAAUAUCCACGGUCAGGACAAUGGCGGGCAAAUGGGGCUGCUGCCGACGUACCUAUGAAAUGCUAAUGGCUCCAAUAACACCAAGAAAUCUAAGGACAACGGCUCUGCUGACAAGCAUCUAUCAAUUGUUGAUUGCCCAUUGCAUUCUGUUUUUGGUCCUAUUAUGCUUGGCCCAUGCAGAGCAAAUGCGGCAUUUGCUCGAUUUGGAUAUAUUGGAUCAAAAGGAUAAUGGCUUCUAUAAUAUGUCACCAUUCCACAAUGAUUUGCGUCUCCAGACAGCUGCCCAGUUGGCCGAUGCCACUGAGAAUGCUCUCUACUUUCUGGCCGUGGUCACCGGAAUCUAUGCCCUGAGUGCCAUUGCCCUGUUCUUUGGUGUCUACAAGAAUAUCCCGGGUCUGAUUAUACCCUGGCUGGUGAUUGAAUUUCUCGGAGCGAUUGCAGUCGGUGUGCUCAUAUUUAUGCUAAAGGAUACGAAAUUACCCUUGAUUUUUGGUGGACAGUGUGCUUACUUUGUCAUCUGCUAUACACUGCUCUGCAUGGAUGGAUUCAAAUGGUAUGUGAUGCAUAGUUUCUAUCAGAGUUUGAGGACCAUGAACAAACUACGAGAGAUAGCCACUGUGGCCAUACCCUGUCCAGCGCCAGGAGCUAUACCCUAUCAUUUUCGACGCGAACACAUGUAUUUGGGUAGCAAUGGCUAUAAGCAUAUAUUAACCGAAUCACCCGAUGGACAAUGUUAGAUCGAUUCUAUAACAAAACUCCCUCCAAUUCCUCACAUACGCAGCAUACGAUCCUGCUUCUGGCUACUUCCAUCAAGUGUCUUAAAAAAAACAAAAAUAAUUAUUAAUAAUAUAAUUUAACUGGAAUGUGAAUGUGUGAGUCUGUGUGAUAAAAUACCAAAAAACAAAAAGAGAGAUACUAUUUUAGAUAGCCAAUGUAAUGAUGGAUGGAUGGAUGGCACGAUCCGAUCAGAUCAGGCAAAUUGUAAUUCAUCGACCGACCUAUUCCUUUUUUGUUUUGUAUGGUAGAGCUUUUGGCCUUUAACUAUGAAAACUAUGUAGUUUGUAAAAUACGUUAAAUGCAACAUUCAAAAUAAAGUUGAUAAAUAUUAGAA